AUGGCAUAUUCAUUUGCUAAUACAGCUAAACUUUAUGAUUCCUCUUACUCAAGAGAUGAGCCUUAUAGAAGAGACUUAGAACCUUACAGAAGGGAUGAUCCAUACAGGCCUGAAGACCGGCAUGACACACGCAGAGAUGAUUUGGACAGCCACUACAUAUCUCACCCCGUUGAAGGUUUUUUUUUUUCCUCUUUUAAUUUUUUUGUUUUUUUUUUGUUUUAUACUGUUGAAAAUAUAAAUAUUCAUAUUUCAUAUUCUCUCUGGCAUAUUCUCUCUCUUUCAUAUUCUCUCUCUUUCAUAUUCUCUCUCUUUCAUAUUCUCUCUCUUUCAUAUUCUCUCUCUUUCAUAUUCUCUCUUUCAUAUCUCUCUUUCAUAUUUCUCUCUUUCAUAUUCUCUCUCUUCAUAUUCUCUCUCUUUCAUAUUCUCUCUCUUUCAUAUUCUCUCUCUUUCAUAUUCUCUCUCUUUCUCUCUCUUUCAUAUUCUCUCUCUUUCAUAUUCUCUCUCUUUCAUAUUCUCUCUCUUUCAUAUUCUCUCUCUUUCAUAUUCUCUCUCUUUCAUAUUCUCUCUCUUUCAUAUUCUCUCUCUUUCAUAUUCUCUCUCUUUCAUUCUCUCUCUCUCUUUCAUAUUCUCUCUCUUUCAUAUUCUCUCUCUUUCAUAUUCUCUCUCUUUCAUAUUCUCUCUCUUUCAUAUUCUCUCUCUUUCAUAUUCUCUCUCUUUCAUAUUCUCUCUCUUUCAUAUUCUCUCUCUUUCAUAUUCUCUCUCUCUGUUCUCUUCUUUCAUAUUCUCUCUUUCAUAUUCUCUCUCUUUCAUAUUCUCUCUCUUUCAUAUUCUCUCUCUUUCAUAUUCUCUCUCUUUCAUAUUCUCUCUCUUUCAUAUUCUCUCUCUUUCAUAUUCUCUCUCUUUCAUAUUCUCUCUCUCUUUCUCUCUCUUUCUCUCUCUCUCUUUUCAUAUUCUCUCUCUUUCAUAUUCUCUCUCUUUCAUAUUCUCUCUCUUUCAUAUUCUCUCUCUUUCAUAUUCUCUCUCUUUCAUAUUCUCUCUCUUUCAUCCUUUAUCUUCCAUUUAAAUCUGCCCAUUCACUUUUAUAUUAAACAUUUCAUUGUAUAA